AUGACCACCAUCAUAGUCAGCUAUGCCUCAGAAAGGUUUGGCCUGACUGAGAAGGGUAAUAACAAGACCCCUUACACCAUGAACCGCAGGGCCAUGAAGAUUCAUCGACUGCGCCAGGAGCUUAGGAGCCUUAAGAAGCAGUUUAAGGAGGCUGAUGCGGAGGAGAAGCAAGCUUUAGAGGAACUGCAUAACAUCUUGCGGAAGAAGCUGAUUACCCUCCGAAGAGCAGAAUGGCACAGGAGGCGGGGAAGAGAGAGAGCCAGGAAACGUGCAGCUUUUAUUGCUGAUCCCUUUCGCUUUUCCAAACAAUUGCUUGGGGUUAAGCGAAGCGGCCAGUUGGAGUGCUCAGCAGAGGAGGUGAAUAACUUCCUUCAUGAGACCAUGAGUGACCCACUGAGGGAACAAGACUUGGGACCAAACAAAGCUCUCAUCAACCCUGCCCCACCAUCAGUAGAGUUCAAGUUGACAGAGCCAAGUUUGAAGGAGGUGUGUGAGGUCAUCAAGGCAGCCCGCUCAGCAUCCUCCCCAGGUCCCAGUGGCGUACCGUACCUUGUUUAUAAGCGCUGCCCAGAGCUCCUUCGCCACCUGUGGAAGAUCUUAAAGGUGAUAUGGCGGAGAGGGAGAGUCGCUGAUCAGUGGAGGUACGCAGAGGGAGUCUGGAUUCCCAAAGAAGAGGACUCGAAAAACAUAAACCAGUUUCGGAGCAUCUCGCUACUGAGCGUGGAGGGUAAGGUGUUUUUUAGCGUUGUCUCCCGGAGAUUGACCGAGUUUCUCCUUAGAAACAAUUAUAUUGAUCCAUCAGUUCAGAAGGGGGGGAUCCCAGGUGUCCCUGGUUGCCUAGAGCACACUGGUGUAGUUACACACCUUAUAAGAGAAGCCCAUGAGAACAGAGGCGACCUAGCUGUAUUGUGGCUGGACCUGACUAAUGCGUAUGGGUCGAUGCCACACAAAUUGGUUGAGCAUGCUUUACACCUCCACUAUGUCCCCAGCAAGAUCAAGGACCUGGUCCUGGACUAUUACAGCAAUUUCAGGCUUAGGGUCACUUCUGGGGCAGUUACUUCAGGCUGGCACCGCCUCGGGAAAGGUAUAAUAACAGGCUGCACCAUCUCAGUUACGCUCUUUGCCCUUGCAAUGAACAUGGUGGUAAAGGCUGCGGAGGUGGAGUGCAGAGGGCCACUAACAAGGUCAGGUGUUCGUCAGCCCCCUAUCAGAGCCUAUAUGGAUGACCUCACCAUUACAACAUCAUCAGUCCCAGGGUGUAGGUGGAUCUUGCAAGGUCUUGAGAGACUCAUCUCAUGGGCAAGGAUGAGUUUUAAACCGUCCAAGUCAAGAUCGAUGGUACUGAAGAAGGGCAAGGUGACAGACAAGUUCCGGUUCUCAAUCUCAGGAACCAUUAUUCCAUCCAUAACAGAACAACCAGUCAAGAGCUUGGGGAAACUCUUUGACUCCAGCCUGAAAGACUCUACUGCCAUUCAGAAGGCAAAUGAGGAGCUGGGAGCGUGGCUCAUUAAGGUGGAUAAGUCCGGCCUGCCUGGAAGAUUUAAAGCCUGGAUCUACCAGCAUUCCAUCCUGCCCCGAAUCCUGUGGCCCUUGCUUGUCUAUACAGUUCCAAUAACUACUGUGGAAUCCCUGGAAAGGAAGAUAAGUGGCUUUCUUCGUAAGUGGCUGGGACUUCCCCGCAGUCUCACCAGCGCUGCCUUGUAUGGGGCAAGCAACAGCUUGCAGUUACCCUUCAGUGGCCUCACAGAAGAGUUCAAGGUGGCUCGCACACGAGAAGCCCUACAGUACAGAGAUUCUAAAGACUGCAAGGUGGCAUCGGCAGGUAUUGAGGUAAGGACAGGAAGAAAGUGGAAGGCUGAGAAAGCAGUUGAGGUGGCAGAGUCACGCCUAAGGCAGAAAGCACUGGUGGGGGUCUUAGCAACAGGGGGAGCAGGCUUGGGGUACUUCUCAAAGGCCCAGGUCAGCAGGGCACAGGGAAAGGAGAGACACCAGCUACUCCAGGAAGAGGUCCGAGCAGGUGUGGAGGAGGAGCGAGUAAGUAGAGCUGUAGGCCUUAAGCAGCAGGGAGCAUGGACAAGGUGGGAGAGCACCUUGCAGCGCAAGGUCACCUGGGCAAACAUCAUGCAGGCAGACUUCCACCGGAUCCGAUUCCUAGUGCAGGCAGUAUACGACACUCUGCCAAGCCCAGCAAACCUCCAUCUGUGGGGGAAGAGCGAGACACCUGUCUGUCCCCUGUGCUCUGGAAGAGGGACCCUAGAACACCUCCUUAGCAGCUGCCCAAGGGCCCUGGCCGAUGGUCGGUAUCGUUGGCGGCACGACCAGGUGCUCAGAGUAGUUGCUGAAAAGAUUGCCUCAGGAAUCAGCACCAGCAAGCAUCAUCAUGCUCCGAGGAAGGCAAUUUCUUUCAUUAAGGCUGGAGAGAAACCCCAGGCGCGCCCACAUUUAACAACCGGCCUCCUCAACACAGCCUCUGAUUGGCAGCUACAGGCUGACCUGGGUAAGCAGCUAAAGUUCCCUCAGAACAUUGCAAAAACAUCCCUCCGGCCAGACAUGAUAAUUAUUUCUGAGGCCUCAAAACAGCUGAUCAUGCUGGAACUUACAGUGCCCUGGGAAGAGCGGAUCGAGGAGGCCAAUGAAAGGAAACGAGGAAAGUACCAGGAACUAGUGCAGGAGUGUAGGGGAAGGGGCUGGAAGACUUUCUAUGAGCCCAUAGAAGUGGGUUGUAGGGGCUUUGCAGCACGAUCACUCUGCAAAGUCCUAGGCCGGCUGGGCAUGGCUGGGGUAGCCAAGAAGAGGGCCAUCCAGGCUGUAAGUGAAGCGGCAGAGAAAGCCACAAGGUGGCUGUGGAUCAAGAGGGCUGAUCCGUGGGUAGCUACUGGUACGCAAGUCGGGGCCUGAUCACCCC